UCUAUCCCCAAGUUUCCAACUUGGUUUUGUGGGCAAAAAACCAAGCGCAUCCUUUUUUCAAAACUAUCAAGUUUCACCUACUCUCUUUGACCUGUGAUAAAAAAAGCUCACAAAAGUCAACUAAUGCAUAUUGCCCAGUUGUUGUCUCUAUCUCCGACUGAAAGCUACGGAUGAUGAAUUAGUGAUAUUUAACUUAUGAAGCUGGAAUAGAAAAUGUCAAAAGCUUGUGUUCAAAAGGUAGGAAAGAAAGAGAGAAAAGUUGAAAUGUGGCUUCCUUCUGGAAGGGUAGUUUAAGAAAAUAAAGACUGAUGUUAAGAAAAGGAGUUCAAUUGAUGUAGAAUAAAAUGAUAUUGAAAAUGGGUUUCUUUUUGAAAGCUGAGUUAAGGAGAUUUUGAUAUGGAGAGAGAGAGAGAAAGAGAUGAGUUGGUCGGGAUGCUGAAAGAUGGAGUAGAUAGGAAGUGGGAAGAAUGUUCAAAAGAGGAAAACCAUUUAUUGUGUAUAAACAUAUUUUGUAGCUGAAGUCAACUGAGUAGUAUUUCUCUCAAGAAUAAAGGGUGUCAUAGCAAUAGCUACAAUUUUGUACCAAUUUGGUGUGAUGGAAGGUGUUUUUGCUCUUUUCUUCAUCUUCUCCAACUUGCUGUUGAUUCCACAUCCCUCCUCUUCUUUUCCUUUGUGCACAAAUUCUGAGGCACCUCUUACCUUGAACACCACAUUGAAAUUUUGUUCCUACAAUGGAAGCAGCUGCUGCAACUCCACAGAAGAUUCACAAUUGCAGAAGCAAUUUGAAGCUAUGAACAUCUCUGAUCCCAGCUGUGCCUCACUUCUGCAAUCAGUCCUCUGUGCAAGAUGUGAUCCAUUUUCAGCAAAGUUAUUCACAAUUGAUUCUGUGCCCCGAACGGUGCCUAUCCUCUGCAACUCUACUGUUUCAACAAAUUCAUCUCAGUCUAACCAAGCAACAAACGAUUUCUGCUCUAAAGCAUGGGAUAAAUGUCAGAAUGUAUCUAUAUUAAAUUCCCCCUUUGCACCUUCAUUACAAAGGCAAGCUGGAGCACCUGUCAAUUCGAAUUUCACCAAAUUGACAGAACUUUGGCAGUCAAAAACUGAUUUCUGCAAUGCCUUUGGUGGAGCAUCUACUAAUGAAUUGGUUUGCUAUGAUGGCGAACCUGUUACACUAAAUAAGACCGGAACUCCUAGUGCUCCACAUGGUUUAUGCCUUGAGAAAAUUGGGAAUGGAAGUUACUUGGAUAUGGUUGCUCACCCUGAUGGAUCAAAUCGUGCAUUCUUCUCCAAUCAACCAGGUAAGAUUUGGUUGGCGACUAUUCCUGAAGUGGGAUCGGGAAGAACAUUGGAGCUUGAUGAAUCCAACCCCUUCAUAGAUCUUACUGAUGUAGUUCAUUUUGAUACUACAUUUGGGAUGAUGGGUAUUGCAUUUCAUCCAAACUUUGUACAGAAUGGCAGAUUCUUUGCCUCAUUCAAUUGUGACAAGGUUACAUCACCAGGAUGUGCCGGAAGAUGUUCAUGUAACUCAGAUGUGAACUGUGAUCCCUCAAACCUAGGUUCAGACAAUGGUGCCCAGCCAUGCCAGUAUCAGAGUGUUAUUGCAGAAUAUACUGCCAACAAUUCUGCAACCCAGCCUUCCUCGGUACACGUCUUUACACACUCAAAACUUAUUUUUUUUAGUUCCAGGAUUCUAAUUGAAUUAUACCAUUUUCAGGCAGAAAAUGCUAAUCCAUCAGAAGUGAGAAGGAUAUUCACUAUGGGCCUUCCUUUUACUUCUCAACAUGGUGGACAGAUACUUUUUGGUCCUAGAGAUGGGUAUCUAUACUUUAUGAUGGGCGAUGGUGGCGGUGGUGGUGAUCCAUACAAUUUUGCCCAGAACAAGAAAUCGGUGCUUGGAAAAAUCAUGAGGCUUGAUGUAGAUAAUAUACCAAGUGCAGCAGAAAUUAAUAGACUUAAUCUAUGGGGAAACUACUCUAUCCCCAAAGACAAUCCAUUUAGCCUAGAUGAAGAGUUACUGCCUGAAAUAUGGGCUUAUGGAUUAAGAAAUCCUUGGCGCUGCAGUUUUGAUUCAGAGAGGCCUUCCUAUUUUAUGUGUGGGGAUGUUGGCCAGGAUUUGUACGAAGAGGUUGACAUCAUCAGCAAGGGCGGAAAUUAUGGUUGGCGUGUUUAUGAGGGCCCAUAUCUUUUCAAUCCAACAUCAUCACCUGGAGGGAAUACAUCUGCAAAUUCCAUAAGCCCCAUUUUCCCAGUUAUGGGAUACAAUCACUCUGAAGUAAACAAUGAAACAGGAUCAGCCUCAAUUAUGGGAGGCUACUUUUAUCGGUCUAACACCGAUCCUUGUAUGUAUGGAAGGUACUUGUAUGCAGAUUUAUAUGGUGGUGCAAUAUGGGCGGCAACUGAAAACCCAGAAAAUAGUGGCAACUUUUCGACUAGCUCCAUUCCUUUUGGUUGUGCAAGGGACUCUCCUAUACAAUGCACCACUGUGCCAGAAAGUGCCCUUGCAGCGUUGGGUUACAUUUACUCAUUUGGGCAGGACAAUAGCAAAGAAAUCUACUUGCUAACCAGCAGUGGUGUUUAUAGAGUUGUGCCCCCGAGUCGAUGCAAUUACACUUGCUCAAAGGAAAACGUUACUGCAGUUUCAAGUCCAAGUCCUACUAGUCAACCACCAUCACGUGCAAACCAGUUGAGUCCGACAAAAGUCCUACUAUCUGCUUUGUUGCUGCUUUUCCUAGCUGUUGCCUAACAUUUCUUAACGGCUUUAUGUAUUGACCAGAUUAUUGUUCUGUAAAACGCUCUGUUUUUUUUUUUUGUUUUUUGGCUCAAUAAAAGAGUUGUAUUAAUUGCUUUAAAAUUAUCUA